AUGGCCAACUCUCUCUUCGGAGGGGCCUCGACAACUCCCCAGUCAGGCAGUCUUUUUGGCGCGAACAAUUCGACAUCGAGUCCUUUCGGAGCCCAGGCGAAACCAUCGACCCUCGGAGGACUUUCUGUGGCAGGUACACCGGGCACGCAAACAUCAGGUUUGUUCGGCGGUCAACAGCCCCAGGCUCAGCAAGGUGCGCAGACUUCAACUCUCUUUGGAGGUCAACAGCCCCAGGCCCAGAAACAGGGUGCGCAAACUUCAAGUCUGUUUGGAGGACAACAAGCCCAGGCCCAGCAGCAGGGCGCGCAAACUUCAUCUCUCUUCGGUGGCCAGCAAACCCAGGCCCAACAGCAGGGCGCGCAAAGUUCAAGUCUAUUCGGAGGUCAAUCACAAAUCCAGCAACAGCCUCCGAUCCUAGGGCAGACUCAACAGGCGGACAACACGCAGGCCCAUGGACACAAUGCAAGCCAAUCGACACAACCAGCGUUCUUCAACAGUCUGUUGGAGCGUGGAAAAAAGCGGCCGUUGUCAUCUAUCAACCAAAACAACAACUUUGAAGAGGUGCCAAGUCUUCAGUUGGGCCUAGAUGAUAUUCGGAGAAAGGCCAGGGAGCUAGGUUCCGGUGGGCAGAAAGAUACCCCAAACGGCAAGGGCAGUAAAGCUCAUUAUCUACUUGCUGCGUCUGGAAUCUCUCCGGGUCGAGCAUUGCGCGAUCUCAAGUCCCUGGAUCCCCAGGCGUCCUUAGCAGCACCAGCAAAGGAACUGGAUAACUUUGAUCCUGACAAUCAACGAUUUUUACGGAGUAUCCAACAGCGUGGUCGGCAAGUCAUGAUCGCCGAGAGCCUGACCAGAGCCCACCGAGACUUUGACGCGUUCUUGGAAGAGAAGGUUGACCUGGACUGGGAGGAGCAACGCCAAACAAUUUUCCACCACUUCGGACUUUCCCAGAAGGAUGCUACUGGUUCUGGGGGCUUGAAUGCUACCAACAGAGGUGCUUUUGGUCGAUCAACCAGACAGUCGAAGCAAGCUGGUGCUGGUACAGCCAAUGGACCCUCGGGUGCAUCCCGCCGAAGCGUGUUCGGGCGUUCUGGGCUCGAAAAGUCGGUGAUUGGGACCCCUGGCAUCGGUUUGGCCAGCCGCCAAAUCUUUGAAGAUCCGACAGAACGAAAUGGCGAAGGAGCUGCAUCCCACUCACCGGAUCUCAGAUUCCAACGCGAGAAGAUGGGCCAUUACGCUGAAAAGGUUCAGCGUUUGAACAUCGCCAGGCUUCAAGGAAAAUGCUAUCCCGUCCUCGAUGAGUUCUCAUCUGUUGAAGUCCAAAACGGCGGUGAUGUAGGUCAACACUCACAUAAUAUUGAGUUCAAAGCUGAUACUUUUCAGGUUCCUCGACAACUUUUCAGUGCGUACCAAGCCUUGAUAGGAAUUGUGCACGAAAGCCCCCGCAUUCUCAGCCCCUCAGAGCCCGGGGCAAUCAAAGAGCGACAGUAUGCCGAAGAUUAUCUCGAAGAAUCAUCCAAAUCUCGCAACGCAAUCGAUCUCAAGAAACAGAUACUCGAAGGAUCAAGGAGUUUCCUUGAAAAAACAUUUUUCGACGAAGUGGAGUCUGCCAUUGCCAAAAACCCCCGAGAGGCGCAGCUGGGAGGAAUUCCGACCGUGAUCAAUAAGAUUCGUGCUUACAUUCGGCUUCAAGCUGCGAGAAAGGACCUAGCUCCAGACGGCACAGAGCUCCAGAUGGUGAAUCAGGAUUAUUGCUGGAUUCUCAUCUUCUAUCUCCUUCGAUGUGGCUUUGUUACCGAGGCAGCUGAAUACGUGAGUCGGGACAGCGGAUUCCGGUCUCUGGAUCACAAGUUCGUGACGUACAUGACAACCUAUGCACAGAGCAGGCGACUGCCUCGGGACCUGCAGCAAAAGAUCAAUGGCGAAUUCCAGCAACGUUCUCGGAACGCACCUGAAAACACUGUCGACCCUUACCGGAUGGCAUGUUACAAGAUCAUUGGUCGUUGUGAUCUGUCACGUCGUCGCCUUGAUGGCGUGAGGCAGACAGUGGAGGACUGGAUGUGGCUACAAUUCAGUCUCGCCAGAGAAGAUGACCGCGCCGAAGAGGUUGCAAGUGACGUUUUUGGCCUCGAGGAUAUUCAGACUGACAUCCAAGAAAUUGGCCAAAGAGUCUUCGUCAAGGGCAACGAGGGGCCUGGUGGCUAUGGAACUUAUUUCCUGUUGCAGAUUCUAGGAGGAAUGUUUGAGCAGGCUGUGCAUUAUCUCGGCACCUAUGCCCCGGUCACUGCUGUUCACUUCGCUAUUGCUCUGUCAUAUUAUGGUCUGCUCCGCGUGUCCGACUUUUACACGUCCGGUGAAGAAAUUCUAUCCUUUACCGUCAAGCAGUACCCUCAGAUCAACUUUGGCUACCUCUUGACCCAAUACACUCGGGAGUUCCGCACUGGAUUUGUCGAGGCCGCCAUCGACUACUUCACGUUGAUCUGCUUGAACGCUGAUCUUCCAGGCGCCCUGGGCAAAUCGCAGGCCUCCGUGUGCCACGAGGCCUUGCGCGAGUUCAUCUUGGAAACCCGAGACUUCGCUAAAUUGCUCGGCGAUAUCAGUGCCGAUGGCACUCGCCUGAAGGGAGCCAUCGAGCAGCGUCUUGAUCUCAUCAAGCUGGUAGACCAGGAAGAGUUCCUCAAGACUAUUACGGUUCAAGCCGCUGCCGUUGCGGACGAUAAGGGAUUGAUCGCCGAUGCAGUGCUGCUCUACCAUCUGGCUGAGAAUUAUGAUCGGGUCAUUGAUAUUAUCAACCGUGCCUUGUCGGAUGCUGUCGCCGUCGAACUGGGCGGUGCUUUACCUAGGUUGCAACCUCUGCGUCCAAGAGACGAUGUUCACGUAGAUGCGGCAGAGGGAAGCAGUCUUAGCUUGACUUCCGUGGAUGACCCAGGCGUGCUCGCCAGGAACAUGAUUAGCCUUUACGACUCUAACGCAAUGUACCAUGGCAAGGUCCGACCGAUCAACCGCGAAGCCUGCGGGCUGCUGCUGCGCAUGAUGGAAGCAAAGACCCAGGUUGAGGCCGGUAGAUGGGCGCCAGCACUUGAUACUAUCAACGCUUUGGGUAUACUCCCCUUGCGGGCCAAUGGCUCCAUGCCAUUGAUUCGAAGCUUGGCCCAAGCAUUCUCGUCACAGCCCCCUAUUAUUUCACACAAUGUGGGACAUGUCAUCAUGUGGAGCAUCACAUGUAUCGGCUUCGAACGCCAAAAGCGAACCUCUGGGAUGUAUGACAGUGAAGUCCGUCAAGGAUUAGCAAAUGAUUUGCUUACCACAGCCAAAGACCUUAUGGUUUUCUCGGGUAUGGUCAAGUACAAGCUGCCUCCACGAGUUUAUGAGAUUCUGGCUCGCGCUGGGGCGGAGAUCGGGGCAUAUUAA